CUGUGGCGUCGCACUUCGGUUCGGAGCUGCGCGUAAGAAGGGGGUGCGAAGAUGUUGAAUGUACUACCUGGCAUUACACUUGCGCUUGUCGUGGCGUUCAUGACAGGUACUUGCCAAGCCAAGCUGAAGGAUGGCUGUAAAUUUGAGACACUGCGUGCUUGCGGUGAAGACUACUUUCCCUUCGGAAAGGACACGCACUUGGCGACUUCCGGAGAGCCAUUUGUAAAGCAAUGCGCGACUUUUAAGAAACAGCUUACGUGCAGUAAAACGUUUGCAGCCGAUUGCCUGGAAGGUGUAGCCAAGGCUGUGGCGACGCUAGCGCUGGAAACCUACAAAGAAAGCGUCGAUGAAAUAUGUACCACGGAUUCUAAGCUCAACGAAGCUUACCAUAAAUCCAUUAGCUGUCUGAAUUCCGUUGGAGCGAAGCUUCAUAGCUGCGUGAACAAUCUACAAGGAAACCUUCAAAAGGCUGUCCUCAAAGCUCCCAAGAAGGACCUCAUUCCUCACCUCUGCUGCUCCUAUGGUGGCUUGCUCGAUUGCGCCGAGCCAGCGCUGACACCUUGCGAUAAAGUUGGCGGCAAGGAGUUCAUGACAAGCCUGUUGGACAAGGUUCUGGGAGAGGUUCUAACUCCUUUGUGUAAAAAAUACAAAAGAGGUUCUGAUUUCUGCAAGGCGCUUCCCAACCUGCCGGCGCUGGGCCCGAAUGACCGCAAGGUCCAAAGUUUCGUAGAGCUCAUCAUUGAAGCGGUAAACAAGGGAAUAUGACAAAAAAAAACAACUAGUAACAGUACAAUAAAUAAAAUAAACUUUUGUUUUCGUGAGAGAAUAUCAACUA